UCGCGUUUCAUCGUCGCUCUGGAAGCACAAUGAGCUCGGCAGAGGCUUCUACCUUCUCUUGGUAGAUUAAAAAGAGAGGAAGAAAGUAAAAAGGAAAAGAUACGGAGAGAACGAGGAGGAGGUAGAGUGGUAGAGGGCUCGAGGGCUAGAGCAAGAGCAGAGAGCAUUCGUUGACACAUAGAGCCGAGAUGGCGACGAACAGUCCCGGACAAUCGAUACAUCUGAAAUCCCCGCGGAGUCCCCGUCAACUACCGCAACUACCUCAAAUCCCGAUCGGAGGCCAGAGAAGUCCCACGCAGUUGUCGGUCGGCAAAUCUCCGGGGACGCCGUUGGUCUUCGAGUUCCCCCCGGAAUACUACCCGGAGACACCUAAUACGAACUUCGAUUUCGAGGAGUUUGGACGGCUGAACGAGCUCGAUCGGGGACCCAGAAGCCCGAGCUAUUACGCUCGACAGGGAUGCAGGAGCCCGAAGAGCCCAAAUCCGGACCUGUUGCACUCGCCGAGCAGAAAGUCGCCUAUAUUCCAGUUCUCCGAGUCCAGGAAGAACCUGGGCAAGACUAUGAGCUACCCACCGAGGAGUCCCGUCUCCGUCUCUCCCGUGGUACCGGUCAGAUCGCCGAGUUCCUCGAGUUUCGGCUCCAAGAGCCCGAAGCCUUUCGACCAUCGAAAGAAUUCUUGCUUCGGGCUGAGCGGGUCCAAGAGUCCCAUGUCUCCGACGAUCGUCGCUCCCCUCGUUCACGGAUUUUCCAGUCCCAAGCACCCCGAGUUGAAUCUGGAUCAGCACAACAACUCGAACUACAAGAACAGCGGAUCGAGGGUGUCGUCCUCGGACGGGUCGUCGAAGGAGAAGAACGACAGUCCGAGCAGCAAGAAGGGGAGCAAAAACAGCGGUCACUUUAAUCAGAGUCAAGGAUGUCUGAGCGAGACUGAGAAGAGUCUGAGCGAGAGUAAAGAGGACGUGUACGGGAUGAACGGGAGGAACAUCUCGAGGAGGUCGACCAGCGACUUGACCGACAUGGAAGACGCGGACACGGAAGUGACUCUGUUGUCCAGCCCUAGGAGGAGAGGGUCCAUAAAAGGGGGUCUCGCCUACCUCGCGUCCAGACGGGGCUCGCGCGACAGCCAGUGCUCCAAUUUGUCCAACGUUAGCAACGAGACCGUGGGCCCCUUGAACUUCACCGCGCACCCCCGCGGCAGGCAGCGGAGGACCUCCAAUUUCUUGGAGUUACCCGAGCCGGACCACAUCAGGCCACGCGUACAUAGUUUACCGGAGAAGGCAUAUAACCCGAGAGCCGGCGAGGACCUCUAUAGACUGAGAGCAUUCAGCAUAACUCACAGAGGCGUUGUUAAUUGCGGCGAUUCGAUCAUCUCGAGACGCAGCAGGAGCAACACUUCCGUCAACAGUAGCAGAAACAGCAACGUCUCCGGUGAAAGAUCGCCGUUCGAUGGUUCCUGCUGCAGCGGCCAGGGCGUCGGGGACAGCACGGAAAGCGAGGAGAUCGAGGAGGUAUCGAAGUAUCGGGUAGUUCUGCUCGGCGACUCCGGGGUGGGAAAGACUGCGCUGGUCUCGCAGUUCAUGACCAGCGAGUACAUUAACACGUACGACGCCAGCCUGGAUGACGAGUUCGGGGAGAAGACGGUGUCGAUCCUGCUAGACGGAGAGGAGUCGGAGAUGGUGUUCAUCGAUCAUCCGCACGUGGAGAUGAGCGUGGAGAAUUCUUUGUCCACCUACGAGCCACACGCCUGCAUCGUGGUGUACUCCAUCGUAUCCCGCACGAGCUUCCAAGUCGCGGAGGAGAUGCUGAACUAUCUGUGGCGGGAACAUCACACGCAGGAACGAUCCGUGAUCGUGGUCGGUAACAAGUCGGACCUCGCGAGAAGUCGAACGGUCACGGCAAAUGAGGGCAAACAACUGGCGACGUUGCGGGAGUGCAAGUUCAUCGAGACGUCGAGCGGCAUCCAGCACAACGUGGACGAGCUUCUGGUGGGCGUGCUGAAGCAGAUCCGGCUUCGCGAGAGCCGUGACAAGAAGCUGAAACGCCAGGGUAGCAAGAGGAAGAUUCUGUCAAAGCUGCACGGCAGCAAGACAGCGCUCAGCUUGAAUCUCGCCAGGGAGAUACUGCACAAGAUGUGCUUGAACGACAGCAAGAGCAAGAGCUGCGAGAACCUGCACGUGCUGUAAGGGGAUAUCGCGAUCAUCGAUCGCUGACGUUCGAUAUUCUCGACGUGUCACGCGAAUUUAAAGGUAAAACGCGUCAAUCUCUGCGAAAACUUGGACUAAAUUUUAGCAAAUAAAUCCUCGUUUUGCUUCAUUUAAUUUGCGAGGAAAAUUGGUUAAAGGGGGUAAAAAUCGUUGGGAAUUCGUUGGGAAUUCUUUAGGAAUUCGUUGGGAAUUCACUAAAUUGGGAAUUCCGACGAUGGAAAAGUUGGUCCGUAGCGAUGGCAAUUUUCGAUUAGCAGAAUUUUCCGAUCGGAUGAAAAUGGUGGAAGGUAAUGGUAUACAUUAGCAUCGAGGAACGGAGCACGACGGGAAAGCGUUACUCCCAGCCUGUCGCAGGGACGAGCGAAACGAGGGAUAGCAGACCGUGAUUGAACGGUGCACCGAGGCGCGACGUUUCCGCGGAUAUCGAUUUUUCGCCAGGUUUUUAGUCCGAUAACGAAUUCAGGCCUACGCGUACCGUGUCCUAGAAAGGCGUGCAAACAAGGAGACUUUCACCCUUCCAGUCGUGCCCUCUUCACCCUCGAAUAAUAUUUGCUCUGCCUCUCGCUCGCCUGUCAAGCGGGAUAGGCGGCUCGCAAUCGAGGAACGAAAUCGAAAAUUGAUUGCAACGCGAAGAACAAUUUGCUCCUCGAUUCUUCGGAUGCUCGUUUCUUCCGCUUUGCCGAGCGCACAGACGUGUUCGAUCGCUUUGGCUACUUCGAACCGUGGACUCUGUAAUUCCGGUCGAUUAUCUCGCAGCCGAGGCUACAGAUAAGUUAACGAAAUUCUCGCUUAUCACGGCUGCGAUUGCCGAAUAACGCGUAAUAGCGUGAAAAAUCGAGCUGCCGCCAUUGGACGCCGGGCCUCGAGAUCGGAACGGAAGACGGAUGGCCGAAGAAUUCAUCGUGGGACUCCGGCACGAGUAAAUUUGGCAGCCACUUCGUGUUUGAUUAUUUAUUAGCAUCUAAUGGCUGACACGUGUCUUUUACCUCUCGUGCUGCAACUGCGAGUGUCGUACACGUGCUCGUUUACACAUAGAGUGAAAAUAGGCAGCUUUAUGGUGGAAGGUGUCGAAAGAACUCGAAGGUUUAUCUCGUUCUGUUGCCGAGAUCCUUCCGUUCGAGAACGCCGAUCUCGAUUACUCCGUUUGCCAGUGCCACGCGUGCCAUGUCCGUAUGCAAAUGCGAAUUUUAAAAAAGAACCGCGUCGGUGGCUUUACGUAAAUCGCUCUAUAUCGGACUGCCUCGUGACGAAAAGCCAACACGGUGUCUCUCUCCCUCUCCCCGUCUAUCUAUCUGUCUGUCUACCUGUGUAUCUAGUUAUCUACGUUCCACGUGUAACGCGUGCACACGUGCAGAAAUGCAGAGAGAGAGAGAGUUUCCCGAUAAUUGCGGCAACGCGAUAUAACAGCCUCAAUUAAACGGCUGCCAUUAAUCGAGAUAAAAACGGCCGAUCACUGUUUACUUCCGAAACGAAUCGAUUCGUGUCAAGGCGAAAGUUAGCCCUGGAACCGGCACCGAUUCGCUGCUCUGGCUCGGUUCUCGGAGCGGUCGCGCUUGCCAAAGAGCAGAAAACCUCGCGGACGGGUUUAAUUACUGAAAUUAACCGAACACCUGGGUAGAACUCGAGCGACGACGUUUCUCGUCAUUGACGGCCAGCUGCCUGCCGGCAAACACGAAAUCUCGCUUCGAGGAUCGAGCCAAAUCGGAUCGGAGCUCACAGU